AUGGAGGCCAGUGAUAGAUCGGAGGCUCGAACACCGCAAGCCAUUGCUUCUCGAUUCAAGAUCAUCAACCAACAAUCUUCUCUUUGGAAGGCUUGUUUGAUUAAGGCCAAUGCAAGCCCUUUAAGUGGGUCCAAUCUAAGGGACUUGUGGAACAACCAAAAUCAAGCUCCCACACCAACACCCAGAGAUUCUUCCCAUAGUGGCCAUACAGUCAAUUUGGAAGAAGAUGAUGAUGAUGUGGUCAUGCCCACUUCGAAGCAACUCGGACGAGAUAAACAUAAGGUUGCACAAAAUAAAGGGAAAAGUAUUGAAGGGAAUCUCAACCAAAGUGGAAAGUUCUUGUCUGAGUUGGUUCAACAAAGAAAUGAGUUAAAAGAGGAUAGGGGCGAAAGCUAG